GGCCUAUAUCCGGUAGGGUCAGUGGACGAGGCGGCGCGGAACCGGCGUUGUCUCCUGAGCUUUUCCAGGACUGAGCAGACAUGGCGGCGGCUUUUCGGAAAGCGGCUAAGUCGCGGCAGCGGGAACACAGAGAGCGAAGCCAGCCCAGCUUUCGAAAACAUCUGGGCCUGCUGGAGAAAAAGAAAGAUUACAAACUUCGUGCAGAUGACUACCGGAAAAAGCAAAAAUACCUUAGAGCUCUCCGGAAGAAGGCUCUUGAAAAAAAUCCAGAUGAAUUCUACUAUAAAAUGACUCGGGUUAAACUCCAGGAUGGAGUUCAUGUUAUUAAGGAGACUAAGGAAGAAGUAACUCCAGAACAGCUGAAACUGAUGAGAACUCAGGAUGUCAAAUAUAUAGAAAUGAAAAGGGUUGCAGAAGCUAAGAAAAUUGAAAGACUAAAAUCAGAGCUCCAUCUGCUGGAUUUCCAGGGGAAGCAACAGAAGAAGCAUGUGUUUUUUUUUGACACCAAAAAGGAAGUCGAACAGUUUGAUAUUGCAACUCACCUGCGAACAGCCCCAGAACUAGUCGACAGAGUCUUUAACAGACCUACGAUAGAGACCUUGCAGAAGGAGAAAGUGAAAGGAGUUAACAAUCAGACUCAACUUAAGCAAAUAGCGAAAGAGAGGCAAAAGCAGUAUAACUGCCUGACACAGCGGAUUGAGCGCGAGAAGAAAUUGUUUGUUAUUGCACAGAAAAUUCAGACUCGCAAAGAUCUUCUGGAUAAAACUCAGAAGGUGAAGGUGAAGAAAGAAACAGUCAACUCCCCAGCUAUCUACAAAUUUGAGAGUCGUCGAAAACGUUGAAGUGUUAAAGAUAAGCCUGUCAUUCCACGUGGAAGAGUUUGUUUUUUUUUUCCAGUAACUUCAGAUUCCACUGGUCUAAGUGACUUGGUUUUCCUGUUUAUAACCAUAAUUUAUUACAGAUCUGACAUUUGAUGUGAACAGUGUUAAAGCCACUUCCCCCGUCUAAAUUGUUUGUGGGUUGU